AUGGACCCAUCCGUGAGACGGGAUCCGGAGCUGGAGGGUUCCGCGGAGAGCUCGCUACCGCAGCCUGCGCCUGCCGGGCCUCGUCCGCGUCUCCCUGCGCACCCCUCCGCGAGCGAGCCCGUGCACCACUUCGAGCGGGUUCAAACACUUCCCCAUCGUCCUGCCGCGCGCCCCGCCUCGCCAGAGUAUACGUGGGCGCCUGCUCGUGUUGCGUCGAACCGCCCGGACGGUCAGCCGCGGCAGGAGCGCGGGUGCUCGCCUCUGCGGCACCCUCAACAGCCGCCCUCUCCUCGCCACCCUUCUCCUGAGCGUCGCGAGCACUAUCAGCGCGGGGAGGGGGGUAAGCGUUCUCCUGCACGUCCUCGCUCCCCUCGCCGCCCAUCCCCUCGUGGUCAGGCAGGCCAGCGCUCACCGCGAGCGCGAUCCCCCGCGCAACGUUCUCCUCGGCGAUCUCCGGCGACGCGGGGGAGGGGGUCGCCUGGUCGUCCCUGGGAUUCGGGUCGCCGCGAGCAGUCCCCCCCGCGUCCACAUUCGGCUGGUUCCGGGGGACGGCGGGGCUGGCGGAAGGGCGGAGGGCGAGGCGGGAAUGGCAACCAGCCUGAUCCAGCCCUCGAUCAUGCUGCGGACACGUUCGUGGAGGUGGUGAGGCAGGCCCGGGCGAGUGGGGCGCCGACUCACGUCCAUAUUGAGGUGACCAACGGUCCCCCCUUCGCCGCGGACCCAGGCCAGGUCGCUCCUCUGCGUGCGCCGACGCUGCGCGAGUAUCAGCCCGCGCGUGAGGGGAGGGCUCAGUUCCGCACCCCCCGUCAGGUUCCCGGCUUCUCUGCGCCGCGCUUGGCUGUUGGCCGGACUCCUGGCUGGCCGGCGGCGUUUCCGCGCGAAGCGCAGACUGCACCUCUCCCCACUCGCGCGGGGAGAGACCCCAUGCUGACCAUGUGCCGGGUUCUGAAUCUGGCGGAGGCGUGCGAGGUGGUGGCGAACUUGCAGCUGGCGGUGUGUGGGGCCACGAGGAGCUUUCCGAGCAGUUUUGGGGCUGCUCAAGCCGGGACCCCCUUGGACACACUCCAGUCGUCGGCGCAUCUCCUUCUUGCGUUGUCGGCGUGCAUGCGCUCGAUGCUUGAGGUGGAGGGGGCGGAGCCGUACACGAUGUAG